AUGAUCCACCGCGAAGUAGCCGAUGGUCUAGAGCGUCUUUGGAACGUAAGAGUAAACUGCAUAUGGGAAGCCGAUGAAAGUAGUCGCCAUGGAGAGGUUUAUAUAUUCGACCAUGUAUUUAAGCAGGAAUGUACAAAUUCAGAUGUAUAUGGAUCUGUAGUAAAACCUUUAGUCGAUUCCUUCAUGGAAGGUUUCAAUGCCACAAUAUUUGCAUAUGGCCAAACAUCUUCUGGCAAAACACACACCAUUUUGGGCAAUAAAACAGAUCCUGGGCUUUUCCAAUUAGUAUCCAAUCAGUUAUUCCAGCAUGUGGCAGACCAGGUUGAUAAGAGGUACUUGAUUAGAUGCAGUUAUAUUGAAAUCUACAAUGAAAAGAUCAAUGACCUCCUGGAUAAGAGCAAUCAGGGUUUAACUAUAAGAGAAGAUAUCAAAGGAAAUGUGCUGCUUGAUGCAAGGGAAGCUGUCGUAGACAAUGUUGAUAAAGUUAUGGAGAACAUGAUGCAGGGCAAUAAGAUCAGACGAGUUGCAGCUACUCGCAUGAAUGAGAGGUCAUCUCGAUCACACACGAUUUUCCGGAUUAUUCUGGAGUCGAAAGAUGCCAAUCAGAAAGAUGGACCUGUACAUAUAAGCUACCUUAACUUAAUGGACUUAGCUGGUUCUGAGAGAGUUUCUCUGACGAAAGCUGCUGGUGAGCGUCUUAAAGAGGGGGCUAACAUAAACAAAUCUUUGUCAGUAUUAGGAAAUGUGAUAAGGCAACUAAGCGAGGGGAAGGAGUUUAUCAGUUAUCGCGAUUCGAAAUUGACUAGACUGCUCUCACAGGCUCUUGGCGAUCCUGGGCUUUUCCAAUUAGUAUCCAAUCAGUUAUUCCAGCAUGUGGCAGACCAGGUUGAUAAGAGGUACUUGAUUAGAUGCAGUUAUAUUGAAAUCUACAAUGAAAAGAUCAAUGACCUCCUGGAUAAGAGCAAUCAGGGUUUAACUAUAAGAGAAGAUAUCAAAGGAAAUGUGCUGCUUGAUGCAAGAGAACCUGUCGUAGACAAUGUUGAUAAAGUUAUGGAGAACAUGAUGCAGGGCAAUAAGAUCAGACGAGUUGCAGCUACUCGCAUGAAUGAGAGGUCAUCUCGAUCACACACGAUUUUCCGGAUUAUUCUGGAGUCGAAAGAUGCCAAUCAGAAAGAUGGACCUGUACAUAUAAGCUACCUUAACUUAAUGGACUUAGCUGGUUCUGAGAGAGUUUCUCUGACGAAAGCUGCUGGUGAGCGUCUUAAAGAGGGGGCUAACAUAAACAAAUCUUUGUCAGUAUUAGGAAAUGUGAUAAGGCAACUAAGCGAGGGGAAGGAGUUUAUCAGUUAUCGCGAUUCGAAAUUGACUAGACUGCUCUCACAGGCUCUUGGCGAUGUAUAUGGAUCUGUAGUAAAACCUUUAGUCGAUUCCUUCAUGGAAGGUUUCAAUGCACAAUAUUUGCAUAUGGCCAAACAUCUUCUGGCAAACACACACCAUUUGGGCAAUAAAACAGAUCCUGGGCUUUUCCAAUUAGUAUCCAAUCAGUUAUUCCAGCAUGUGGCAGACCAGGUUGAUAAGAGGUACUUGAUUAGAUUCAGUUAUAUUGAAAUCUACAAUGAAAAGAUCAAUGACCUCCUGGAUAAGAGCAAUCAGGGUUUAACUAUAAGGGAAGAUAUCAAAGGAAAUGUGCUGUUGAUGCAAGGGAAGCUGUCGUAG